AUGAAGAGGGGCUCCUUAUCUAGAUCUGAAUGGCAGUCUUUUCUGGACACUCUCAACAGUAAACUAGCCCUUUGGAAAAGUAAACUGCUCUCUGUUGGUGGUCGUCUGGUUCUCCUUAAAUCUGUCUUAUCCUCUAUCCCCCUCUACUAUAUGUCCUUCUUCAAACUUCCUUCCUGGCUCAUUAAGAACAUAGACAAAAUUAGACGCAACUUCCUUUCGGGAGGAUCCUCAAGCUCAUUUAAAGGUAAGCCCCCUGUCAAAUGGGAGAUUGCCUGUUCUCCCAAAGUAUGUGGAGGUCUGGGAGUUCUCAACCUUCAGCUUUUCAACAUCUCCAUCCUCUCUAAAUGGCUUUGGAAAUUCUUUGACAAUAUCCAAAUUCUGGAAAGAUAUCCUUUCCUGCUAUCAACUCUUCUUCGGCUUUGUCCAAUAGAAUCUGGAAUUUUCUCCAUUGCUUCCCAAGGCAGAGUUCAAGGGGGAAGGUGGAUCUGGAAACCCAUUAUCAGGCGUCCAAAAAAUGACCAGGACAGAGACCAAGUGCAAGCGUUGUUGUCUUUACUUGGUGAAUGCAACCUAUCCCCUUCUCCUACGGCAGACAGUCCUUCUUGGUCCCUAUCUACAUCUAACCAAUUCUCUGUCAAGUCUCUUUACUCUAUGCUAGCAGAUGGCGGCCUGCGUUUCCAAUACAACUCUUUGAUCUGGAACAAGCUGCUGCUAAGCAAAGUUCAAAUUAUCUUCUGGCUCUUGAGCCUUCAUAGGCUGAAGACAAAGGAUAGACUGGUAUCCCAAGGCUGGCUAGCCAACUCUUCAUGCACAUUCUGGAACGAAGAGGAAACUCAUGACCAUUUAUUCCUUCAGUGCUCCCAUGCUCAACAACUUUGGUCUCCUGUUCUUCAUAAGAUUGGCAUAGGAUACCUCCCUCCAAGCAUCAAUCAGUGCCUUGCCAUCUGCUCCGAUAUGUCUAUCCAGCCAUCAGUUUGUCUUCUUUGGGGCAUCUGCUUCCCUACAAUGUGCUGGGUCACCUGGACAGCAAGAAACAAUCGCAUAUUCUCUAAUCAGACUCUUACUCCUCAGCAAAUCAUCUACAAAGCAAUUAAGUUUCUAAUUUUGUGGUCAAGUGCCUCCUCUUCUAAGAAGUUGACCAAGAUGAAGCAUAUCAUCCUCUCCUCUGGGCUGCCAGAUAUUUUGGAAUCGAGUGUAGACAGCAACGGGAUCCCAUGA